AUGUCUUUGACUCUUGCAGGUCCCACAAAGGUUAAUGUAAUUCCAACAAUGACCAAGAUACAAAUGCUUGCAGGAGCAAGCCCUGUCCACAACGAACUGGUCUGCAGUACAUGGGGUAACUACCAUUUCAAGACCUUCGAUGGAGACAUCUUCCAGCUCCCGUCCAGCUGCAACUACAUCCUGACCUCUCAGUGUAAGAGCAGCUAUGAGGAUUUCAACAUCCAGAUGAGGAGGGAGGUGGAGAAUGGCCUGCCAACAAUCAGCAAGAUCACCAUGAUGCUGGAGGGCACUGUGGUCGAGCUGAUGAAGGGCACUGUCUCUGUCAAUGGGGAAAUUGUGACGCUGCCAUUCAGUGAAUCAGGAGUUCAGAUUGAGAAGAGCCCUUCCUACAUCAACAUCAAGGCAAAGCUGGGGCUCUUGGUCAAGUGGAACGAGGAUGAUGCCUUCCUGGUGGAAUUGGACAAGAAAUACGCAAACCAAACAUGUGGGUUGUGUGGAGACUUCAAUGGCGUCCAGACUUACAAUGAGUUUGUCACAGAUGAUGGUGUACCAAUUUCUAAACUUGACUACGGAAACAUCUGGAAGUUGGAUGGUCCAACUGAAACCUGUAAUGAGCCAGUUGAACCUGAACCAGUGUGCAGAGAUAUGACAUUAGUGUGUGACCAGAUGCUCUCCAGCCCAGCCUUUGGAAGCUGUAAAGACCUAGUGGACAUUGAUUCAUUUGUCAAGGCCUGUGCAAGGGACCUCUGCCAGUGUGCCAACAGCUCUGACUCGUUCUGCCUGUGCGGCACCGUAUCUGAGUACUCACGUCAGUGCAUCCAUGCCGGCGGGAAACCCGGCGAGUGGAGGACAGAAGAGUUCUGCCCAAAAUCAUGCCCCACCAACAUGGUGCACCAGGAGUGUGGAAGCCCAUGUGUUGACACUUGCUCAAACCCUGACAGAGGACAGGUGUGUGAGGAGCACUGCAUGGAUGGAUGCUUCUGCCCACCAGGCACUGUGUUUGACGACGUCACUGGGAAGGGCUGCAUCAGUGUGACAGAGUGCUCCUGUGGCAACAACGGAAACAUAUACCAACCUGGAGAAUCUUACUCCAGCAACUGUAAGCACUGUACCUGUGGUGCAGGACAGUGGAGCUGUAAGGAGGAAGACUGCCCAGCAACAUGCUCUGUGGAGGGAGGGUCCCACUUUUUCACCUUUGAUGGGAAAGCCUACACUUUCCAUGGGGACUGUUCAUAUGUCCUCACCAAGCAAUGCAAUGGGACCGACUUCACAGUUCUGGGAGAUCUUGUUAGGUGUGGUUUAACUGAAACAGAAACCUGUCUGAAGGCUGUAACACUUGCCGUUGCUGGAAACACUGUGAUCAAUAUCCAGCCCAAUGGAAAAGUUUUCAUCAACAGGAUCUACUCUCAGUUGCCCCUGUCUACAGCUGGAGUGAAAAUCUUUGAAGCGUCCACAUUUUUCAUCAUCGUUCAGACCUCAGUUGGUAUUCAGCUGGAAAUUCAGCUGUCACCGACCAUGCAGGUGUACAUCACAGCAAGUUCUGAGCUCAAGCAGAAGACAUGUGGUCUGUGUGGAAACUUUAACAACAUUCAGGCUGACGAUUUCUUGACAAUGAGUGGAAUCACAGAGGGAACGGCAUCCGGCUUUGCCAACACCUGGAAAACAAGAGCCAGUUGCCCUGAUGUGAAGAGCAGUUUGGAGAACCCCUGCAGCCUGAGCUUCGACAACGAGAAGUAUGCCCAAAAGUGGUGCUCCCUGCUCACGGAUGCUGACGGUGUCUUUUCCCCGUGCCACAAUGAAAUCAACCCUGACAUCUACAAAGAGAACUGCAUGUAUGACAGCUGCAACUGUGAGAAGAGUGAGGACUGCAUGUGUGCUGCCCUCUCCUCCUAUGUGCAUGCAUGCGCAGCCAAAGGCAUCCAGCUAAAUGGGUGGAGAGACACGGCCUGCAAGAAGUACGCCACCAACUGCCCGAGCAACAUGGUCUACGCCUACAGCAUAGAAAACAGUGACCGCUCCUGCCGUUGCUACAGUGACCCCGACUUCACCUGUUCAGUAACAUUUGCAUCUGUGGAUGGAUGCAUCUGUGCAAAGGGGAUGUAUUUGGAUGAAGGCGGAAAAUGUGUUGCACCAGCGAGCUGCUCCUGCUACUACAAAGGCCAGGUGAUCCCUCCUGGGGAGGUCAUCAGCAAGGACAAGGCCACGUGCACAUGCAAAGCAGGCAAACUCAGUUGCAUGGGAGAAACUACACAUCUGCCAACAUGCCCAGCACCCAUGGUGUACUUCAACUGCUCCAGUGCUGACCCAGCAGCCAAAGGCUCCGAGUGUCAGAGGAGUUGUUCAACCCUGCACAUGGCCUGUAUCAGCUCAGAGUGUGUCUCAGGCUGUGUGUGUCCUUCUGGCCUGGUCUCCGAUGGAAAGGGUGGCUGUGUAAAGGAGGACCAGUGUCCCUGUUACCACAAUGGAGCUCAGUACAAACCUGGGGACAGCAUCAAGGUGGACUGCAAUAAAUGUACUUGCAAAGACAGCAAAUGGGACUGCAGCUCAAACUUGUGCCAUGGCACCUGUGCCAUCUAUGGAGAUGGACAUUACAUCACUUUUGAUGGGAAGAGAUUCAGCUUUGAUGGUGGUUGUGAAUACAUCCUAACCGAGAAUUCCUGUGGACAUGGGAGUGCUAAUGGAACAUUCCGAGUCAUCACUGAGAACGUCCCCUGUGGAACCACCGGAACCACCUGUUCCAAAGCCAUCAAGAUAUUUUUGGGGAGUAACGAGUUGAUACUGACAGACGGAGGUUACCAAGUUGUCAAGAGGAAUGCAGGAGAAGAGGUGCCCUUCCAGAUCCGCUCCAUGGGGAUCUACCUUGUGAUUGAAGCUAAAAAUGGUCUGAUUCUCAUGUGGGACAGAAAAACAAGUCUGUUCAUCAAGCUUAGUCCAGAGUUCAAGGGUGAUGUUUGCGGCCUGUGUGGAAACUAUGAUGGCAACGCCAAUAAUGACUUUGUUACGAGAAACCAAGGACAGGCCAUUAAGUCUCUGGAGUUUGGAAACAGCUGGAAAGUUUCUCCAAGCUGCCCUGAUGCCAAACAGACCAAAAAUCCCUGCACAUCCAACCCUUACAGAAAAUCUUGGGCUCAGAAAAAGUGUAGCAUUAUCAUAAGUGAAGCGUUUGCAUCGUGCCAUUAUCAGGUGGAUCCUUCUCCAUUUUAUGAUUCUUGCGUGAGUGACUCGUGUGCCUGUGAUAGUGGUGGAGACUGUGAGUGCUUCUGCACUGCAGUGGCAUCUUAUGCAGCUGCCUGCAAUGAAGCAGGAGCCUGUGUGGCCUGGAGAACCCCAAAUAUCUGCCCUCUCUUCUGUGAUUACUACAACCCACCGGGUGAGUGUGAGUGGCACUAUAAACCCUGCGGAGCUCCAUGCAUGAAGACCUGCAGGAAUCCCACAGGGCAGUGCUCUCAGCAGAUACCAGCACUGGAAGGUUGCUACCCCCAAUGCCCUGCCGAUGAGCCCUUUUUUGACGAAGACACCAUGAAAUGUGUACAAAGGGAGAAAUGUGGUUGUUUUGAUGAUGAAGGCAGACACUACGUCAAUGGAGAGAAAGUCCCUACGUCAGCCAACUGUAGAACAUGCCAAUGCAUUUCCACAACCAUCAGCUGCAAAAAUGAUACCAGAGCCAACAACAGUGCCAACACCAACAGUGUUUACCUUCACCACCCCGCAACCAACAACAGUUUCGACAUCUUCAACUCCAACACCAACAAUGACCACAAGUACACCUACGACCACAACAACAACGUCCACUACAUCUACAACAACCGGAACACCUACAACGCCCGGUACCACUGUCACUUUACUAACAUCAUCAUCAACUAA